CUUCUGGCCUCAGUCAUACACCGUCUGUUGCUCAUCUCCCUGCCCUACCCGCAUUAGAGCCGCAGACCCAUUGGCCACGAGGAUGGAUAGCUCAUCCUCUAAUUGGCCUCACAGAAAGGCCGUCUAACCGAAGACCCUGCCUUCUGUCCUGUCUCUACAUAGUAUCCUGUCCCUAUCCUCUAACCUAUCCGUAUCACUCGUAAGCAUGCUAAUCAGCAUUCUUCCCUGUGUCGAUAUAUGCUUGGCUCAAGUGCCCUUUUACUUGAGCCGCCAAGCUCCCCUGUCUAAAAUUCAUGUAUAUAAGGCUUAGCCCCAGGCAACGAGGAUUUGUUUCUCAUCGUCGAACCCCAAAAUCUGUUCCGAAUAGCCGGGCUUCUUCAGCUGCCAUAAUAUAAAUAACUGCACCAGGAGUGCGACACUAGCUACCCUGGGGGGCAUUCUUUUAUUUCAUCUUGUCCUUAACACAGCUGUCAAGUCUACAGCCCUAUUCGAGCUUGAAGCUUACUACACAUCUACAAACCGAUACCGACAGCUUAAUUUAGAUCAGAAGCUCUCUACUGGAACUAGAGGUUCCUUUAUCUACAGCUCUGGAUACCCAUUCUUCUACUUCAAUCACUUCAUCACACCAACCUCGAUCCAAGAUGCCUCACGGUGCAUCUUCAUCCAGGGACUCUAGCGAGUCUGCGCAUCGCCGACAAGGCAGUAUCAGCUCUUACAAUUCGGAGAAAGACAAGGACAGUCCUAGGGUCAGUCAUUCCGACGAAUGUCGCAAAUUAUUGUCCGGCUCUGAGCAGACGCACAAGUCACAUCACCCGAAGCACCACGCACCGACGGUAAACGUCUACACGCACUGCGGGAGACAUACCGACCAGUACCUCUUUGGCGGCUGGUCCAACAUCUUCAAAAAGCAUUAGUCUUAACUGUCUUUUGAAGCAAGGCUAUCCUCGGGCGAAAU